AUGCAAUUUGCCGUUGGUGAAAUUUGUGCAAUUGGCGUGAUUGGUGCAAUCGGCGCCAUUGGUGAAAAUGCACCAUUGGUGCAAACUUCACCAUUGGCGCCAAUUGCACCAAUGGUGCAAUUUUCACCAAUGGGGAACUGGCGGAAUUGAUGUGAUUGAUUUUAUUGGUGAAACUGGCGCCAAUUGUGGUGUAAUUUGUUUGGAGCCAUCCACCAAUAUCACACCAAUACCACACCAAUGUCUUUUCACCAAUCCAAUCAUCACACAAACACUGUCCCACCAACAGAAUUGCAUAAAUUCAUCCCACCAUUCAAGUCACACCAGAAUCGAGGAAAAUGAGGAAUUUACUAUGCAGGCCGGCGGCCGGCCUUUUUUCAAUUUAUUUUUUUUCUCCGGCCGGCCGGCCGGCCUCUCCAAAUUUCUCGAUGCGGCCUUGCGGCCGAACAAGGCCUUUUUCACAGCCCUGCCAUUAAUGGCAAUUCGAUUACCAACAAAAUUUUUUUUUUUCAGAAAAACCUGGAAAUCGUCAAAAAAUGGUUUUCGGAUCAAAAAUUGGAUAAAUGCAUUGAAAUCGAUUCGCUGAAAAUUCUGGAACCCGAAAAAAUUCGGAAAAUGAGUUUGAAUAAAUUGAGUCGAGAAGGUUUGAGAAGUAAGAAAAAUGUGACACUUUUGGAGAUUACGCGGAAAAAACCCGAGAAAAAUGAUGUGAGUUUGAAGGUUACGGUAUUUUUGCCACGUGGCAUUUUUUUUAGCAAGACAACUUUAAAGGAGAGAUAUCAUUUUUGAAAAUUGUUAGAUUUUAUCAUAGAAAUUUUGAAACAGUGGAUUUUUUUCAGUUCAUAAAUUUCGAAUUCGACAUUUCUGCUCAAUUUUUGCUCUCCGAAUCCCAUCAAAUUUCCCUUCGAAUUCGAACCGAAAAAUUUGUGAAGAGCAAAGACUACAGUCUAGUUUAUGAGCCGCAAAUCAUCGAGAAUCCACUAGAAAAUGCACAGUGCCAAAAACAAUUAUCGAUUUUUGAAAUUUGCUCAUGUUUAUCACUUUAUUGA